AGACGCAGAGAACGGGGCAAUUAUUAGGCGUCUCAUCGAUCAUCAAUAAUUAACAGCCAUUCUACCGCUUGCGGCUUCCGCGUUUUUGACUUUCGCAUGCAUUUCUAAGCUUAAAUCCUCGCAUCUCUCUGGACAUCACAUCAUUCCACCUCUUCUUCCAUCCGCUUGUCCAUACGAAAGACACCACAGCCAUACACACCCACCAUGGCUCCCGGCGUCGUCAUAGACACCACCUCCGACUUCGACAUGCCCAACGCCCGCGCAGCGCCCGCAUCCCAACGCACCCUCCUCCUCGCCCCACCCUCCCUCGCAUCCCAUCCCGAAGCCCUCUCGAGAGUCGCCGAGGCCUACGACCGCAAUGCCACCGACAUCCAAAUGCUCGAUAGGCUCGCGCUCGGCCUCGUCGCGCUGCCCGCCGAAACGUACGACAUUGUCCUCCUGCUCGCCGACGUCGCUGGCUCUCGGCAAGAUGACGCGCUGCCUCGGUUCGACCGCGACGUCAUGGAGCGCAUUGUCGCCUCGAUCAAGGCUGGAGGCAGAGUGAAGUCGCAAGAUGGGAGUUUUGGAAGAGCGGCGGGAGCGGAGCAGACGGAGGCUAUUCUCGCGGGGCUUGUGAAGGAUGCUGGCGACGGGAUGGUGAAGCCGCUUCCGGCAUCGAAUCAGACGGUCUCGCUGCGCCUCGGCAAGAAGAAGGCGAAUGCAGCUGCUGUGCCGGCGAACAGCGUCGAAGCGGCAAACACCAUCAAGCGAAAGAGCGACGACAUUUCGACUGGCAACGGCGCCCUAGCGCAAGCGAAUGGCCACGCUGCCGCCCCUCUGAAGUCCACCCCUGCCGGCGUCGGCUUCAUCGACACCAACGACGACUUCGACGACAACGACGGCUACGAAAGCGAAGACAUGGAAAUCCCAAGCAACGAAGAGUUGGCGCGAGCAGGGCAAAUCGACCCCAACUCGCUCCUCAGCGAAGAAGAUCUCAAGAAACCCCUCAACAUCCCCGAAGCCUGCAAACCCAACACCAAACGCCGCCGAGCCUGCAAAGACUGCACCUGCGGCCUGGCACAGCGCAUCCAAGCCGAAGACGCCGCCACGCGCGCCCAAGCCGACGCCAACCUCGCGAAGCUGACGACGAGCGACUUGAACGAGCUGGAUUUCACUGUGCAGGGCAAGGUCGGGUCGUGCGGGAAUUGCGCGCUUGGCGAUGCGUUCCGCUGCGAUGGGUGUCCGUAUAUUGGACUGCCGGCGUUCAAACCUGGGGAGGAGGUGAGGUUGUUGAAUAAUGAUGUGCAGCUUUGAUUUUGAGGGAUGGAUCUUGUAUGCACAUGAGGCGUUCUGGGGCACGAUCAGGCGUUGCUGCGCUACAGUCUAAUAUGACGACUCGGAUCGUCGUCGCGCAGGAUUCUUUCCAAGGCCGGCGUUUGUAUAGACUGUUUUGAUACGAGACAUGGAGGAGCAUA